AUGGAGAGAAUUGUUAGCAAGGGCCCGGCUGAAUACUUCUACAUCAAGACAACUCUAGAGUUCAAAGAUGAAAAUACCAGUAUAGAUGUAUUGUUAUUUAAAGCUAUUAUUGUCAAGGCCUUACUAUCUCUCUAUGGUGAGGUAGGAGCAGCAAUUACAGUGGAUGUCUUGAAAUUUAAUGACAGAUUGGAGGCUAUUUUACGAGUACAUAACAGUGGUUUCCGUAAAUUAUGGAGUGCUUUAACCCUGUAUAGUUGUUAUGGCGACAAGCAGUGUGUAUUUCGAGUACAUCAGGUAUCAUCCUGUCUCAUGGCACUGGCCGUCAACACAAGACAAGAUGCCAUUCUCUGAUCAACAUUUAUUUGAUACUUUACAUAAAUUGCUUUUUGAACGGUGAACAAAUGCAACUACUGUUGAUUUGUUGUAUGGGGAAUCAGGGUUAAUGAUGUUUAUGUUGGGGUGGCUAAUCAUGUACCUCUUUUGGUCAUGUGACAUUCAUUCCAGUAAAUCAACACAUCUCUGCCUUUCAUUUUUAUUGUAAACCAGCUACAUUUGUAUUGAUAUGUGUAAUUGAUACAGAUAACUGUACCUUACACCUUGGCUAUUACUGUACAGAUUUACUUCAAGUG